AUGGUUUCUCUAAAAGACUCAAAACUUCCCAUUCAUUGUUGGACAGAACUUUCAGAGUUCCGUGUAGACGGCAGGAAGGAUAUUAACAGAAAAAAUAGGAAAUCCACUGAUCCUAGUGUGAAGCCGCUCGUAGUUCCUAAAGAGGAGUUAUCUCAAGCAACUUCGGCACCACAAAUUGAGGUUCAACAUGAAACUUCACAACCGUCAUUUGAUAGUCGGAAGAGCACGAGAAUGACGAAGUGCCGCGCGUUGGUCGGUAUUGAUCAAGCAAUUGCCACGGAGCAACAAUUUUUGGAAACACUGCUACUGCUUUAG